AUGAAGACGAUCGUCAGUCUUCUUCUCAGUCUACUCAUUCUUGCAGUGCCAUUAAUGGCGGCGAGGCUUCACCUCCAAUCCUGCGAGCCCAGUGGCAAAAUCCGGGGAAAGAAGCCGCCGCCGGGGCAGUGCAACCAGGAGAACGAUUCCGAUUGCUGCAAGGACGGGAAGCUCUACACCACCUACAAAUGUUCCCCCGCCGUGUCGGGAGCCACGAGGGCGGUCCUGACCAUCAACAGCUUCGAGAAGGGCGGAGACGGCGGGGGGCCGUCGGAGUGCGACAAGAGGUACCACUCGGACAACACGCCCGUGUUGGCGCUGUCGACGGGAUGGUACGGCGGAGGGCGCAGGUGCCACAAGAACAUCAGCAUCACCGGGAACGGGCGGCGCGUCGUGGCGACGGUGGUGGACGAGUGCGACUCCACCGUGGGUUGCGACGAAGAUCACGACUACCAGCCGCCGUGUCGGAACAACAUCGUCGACGCCUCCAAAGCUGUCUGGAAGGCUUUGGGGGUGGCGGAGGAUGACUGGGGAGAAUUGGAUAUCACUUGGUCUGAUCAAUGA